UACAUACUAUACAUGUGUGGGGGAUUUCAGCAGUCACUGCCAGUAGCUAGGAUAAAAGUGGAGAUACAGCAAACUACCAGUUAUUAUAGCAGUUUAAGAUCUACCACAGUGACUGGAGACUCAUCAUGAAGCAUUGUGCAUUGCUGAAUGUUUGCAUCAUGGUAGUGCUGGCUGCUUUAGCUCAGCUCAGUGAGGCUCAGAUCAGCAACACUAACCGACCAGAGUGCCAAGGAGUAUUCGACUUCUACUUUGUGCUUGAUGCGUCAACGAGUAUUGGUGAAGCCUUUGGAACCAGUGUCGUCCCGUUUGUAGCCAAUGUCUCGAGUAGAUACAUCGAUCCCAAUUUCAAGAUAGCGUUCAUUACGUUUAGUAACGUGGAUAAUUCUCAAGUUGUACUACCGCUCACCAGGACGGCCGAUCAAGGUACGAUCCAAACAGCUGUCAAUUUCCUGGCCAACGACUUUGUGCCUGCAGGAGCCACUUUUCUAGCACCUGGACUACAAAAUGUCCAGUCUCAAAUUCAAAUGUUUGGUGGAGACACGGCCUCUGUUGUCUUGGUGAUCACUGACGGUAUUGCUGUUGAUGACACGUUUGCUUAUGCUGAGGCUAAUAAACUUCGAGGAGAAUUCGGAGCUCGUGUUUUUGCUGUCGGAAUAGGCCCCGAUCAGAUUGGGGCUGGUCAGCGGACACAGCUGGACAUUGUGACGGGAAACCCUAACAAUGUGUACAUCGGCAGUGACUUUGCUUACCUACCAGACGUAGUGGACGAGAUUAUCCGAGCUAUUUGUAUUGAGAUUACAUCAGUCAUUCCGGACAAAGUUUGCCUCGGGGCAACUUUUGAGAUAACCCUAAUAGGUAGUGGCUUUCUGGGUACACUUGAUCCACAGGGGCCCAUCUGUCGGUUUACAAGAGGGGACGUAGUCUUUGAGACGUUCCCGACCACACCCACCAACGAGACCACUAUCGUGUGCCCGGCCCCCAAGUUCACUUCUACUGGAAAUGUUAUUCUCGAAGUAAGUUUGGACAGAAUCUCGUUUAUCGCCAGCAGCAUUACCAUGGAGAUUGACGACUGUAAGACGAUAUCCGGAGUCACACCCUCCAACUAUUGCCGUGGGGAGAGACCUGACCGAGUUCAUCUUCAGGGCAAUGGUUUCCUUGCCAAUCUGGUCAUAUCAGCUGCACAGUGUCGAUUCACAAAGAACAACGGAGAAACAUUUACUCUACCGCUGGCCACCAUCACUGACACUGCAGUGGUGUGUCCCACUCCCAACACUGGCACCUUCUCAGGACGACUGUCACUACAGAUCACCACGACGGGGCAGUUCUAUAUCGAGGACAUACUGAUAAUCACUGUCGAGGAUUGCACGGGUGUGUCUGAUGUGAAUCCCAAUAGCUGGUGUUUCGAAGAUGUGGUUGAGAACGUCACUAUCCAGGGGUCAGGGUUCACAGAGGACAUUGUGGCGGGCAGUGAAGCAUGCGAGUUCAGUAUAUCGAGUGGAAAACAAUUUAUCUUCACGCCUAGUGUGGUGGAGGAUGGUAGAAUGGUUUGUCCAACACCAAACAUCAACUACACAGGUGCAAUGAAUCUUCGCAUUACUACUAACGGGGUUACUUAUAUCGGAGGAACUAGGACCAUUUACAUCAACGACUGCACGGUAAGGGAGUCACAGUUUCCCAUAAUUAUGCAUGCAUGUCUGUUAUAAUUAUUAUUAUGUGUAUAUCAUCAUUCAA